GUUUGUGAAAUAUGCCGUUUACUGUCAUGAAAUAAUUAAUUGAAAAAUCGAUUAAAAUCUUGAAUAAUUAACGAAAUCAACUUUCUAGCCAUUUAUAUGUAAAGUUUGAAUAAUUAUUUUGAAAUAUAAAAAAAAUUUUCUUAUCCAUCGUUAUUAUCAGCCUUGAACGGUGAAACAUGGCAACCGCCAAUGUUUUUUACUUAUCGCGCCAAAAAUAAGAAUUUUUGAUAAUACCCGGUUUUCGUAUAAUAAUUUUGAUAAAACCAAUUUGAUUAUUUUCCAGUCUGUCGUUAAAGAUUCAAAGCGUUACAUUUUUUUUUCUCGAUCGAAAGUGUUUGGUGGUGUUGAACGUUUCUCAUCUCAAGUGAUUACUGUACUUCAUCUGAACAAUAUAUUUCACGAUAUCGAGGGUGUUCUAUACAAUAAAAUAUAAAGUGGAAUAAACACGCAAGACAUCUUAAUAUUUAUACCGUUGUCAGGAAUCAGCGACUUACUUGGUGACGGCCACGGCGAUAUCGUACACAGGUAGUCUUCGUUCUUUGAACAGCUAUCAUGGGUUCGAGCGACAAGCAAAUCGUUUACAAGUUCAUGUCGACGGCCAACAGACCGUUCACUGGCAACGACGUGUUCGCGGGUGUACAACGGCAGGGUAUCGGGAAAUCGGCCGUGGACAAGGCUCUGGAUCAGUUGGUGAAGGAGAACCAGGUCUUUAUGAAGUUGAACGGCAAGCAGAAAAUUUACUGUGUCGUGCAGCCGGAAUCGACUGCGGAAGAUCAAAAGGAAAUCCAGGCGAUCGACGAAGAGUUGAUGAAAACUAACCAGGCUCUACGCGAAGUCGAACGCAAGUAUAAGCAAUCGGAAAUCGAAGUGAAAGCCAUUCAGGGCACUUGCAGCAUCGAAGAGGCGAAACGCAAGGUGGCCGAAAUGGAAGAAAUCGUCUCCGGACUUAGAUCGCAGUUGGAUCAGUUGUCGGGACAAAGUGGCAACGUGCCGGAAAAAGAAAGAGAAACGGUGAAGAAGGAUUACGAGAAAAUAACCAAGGAAUACAGGAAACGUAAACGUAUGUGCACGGAAAUACUGGACUCGAUACUGGAAAACUGUCCGAAGUCGAAAAAAGCUCUUUUCGACGAAAUCGGAAUCGAGACGGACGAGAGCGUCGGUAUGCCAAGCUUGUGAGUCGCACCGUACGUCGAGUACUCUUGCACGAAAUUAUGUUGAAAAUAUUGUUAAAUUAUGUUUAAAGUAUUUUAUA